CCCAUCUUUGCCUUGCGAGCUCUACGCGAGCCCAACAUGGAGGCUGUCGGCAUCGCGCCGGGCUGCUGUCGCAGGAUGCAAGCUGCAGUCACAGUAGCUUUGCGAACAGGAGUACAGGAGUCGAACGCGGAACGCCAUGCAUCGGGGGAUACAUGCCGGUGUCGAGGAGAUCAGCGAUCCGCGCAAUGCACUCGGGGGCUGCGCGUACAGCCUCGUGCGACCAUCGUGAGUGCGACCCAUCGCAGCCCAACAGACAACAACAACUGCACAAUGGCGACACGGAGGUCGAGAGAGGAUAAGAAGACCGCUGUUCCCCAAUGAGAAUGCUAGGUCUGCUGUCUGCCUAUUUCUCUCCUCCUCACAGACACCGCCCAGAAACACAGCAUCCCCGUCGCUGGUCAGAAAGCACACGGUGAUAUACCAAGAGAAGAAAAAGAAAAUGCCUUCAUCCAGCCCUUCGUCUAGCUAUCAGUACUCCAGAGAUCCGAGAGUCAUCGAUCAUGCGGGAUCCUGGGCCGACAAAGAUCAGCAAGCCAAGCCUGCAAUUCAACAACCAGAACUUCCGAAGAAGCAGAAGAAGAAGAAUAAUUCCAGCUCCUCGAAGAAAACGAAAUGACAUCCACGAUGCGGUCUGAUAUACAGCUACGCGCCAGCAGCAGCAGCAGCUUCUUCUUCUCCGAGGUGUGAAGACGACCAACAUUCGGCCCGACUGAUGAUGAUGAUGAUGAUGAGGAUGAUGAGGAUAGACAGCUGUAGAUGUGUCCAAGAUUACCAACCAGAUACCAAAAGAAAAGACCCUCCCUUUU